GAGUGACUAUAAAUUAUAACUUAAAAUUCCAAAAUAUGGCCAAAAAUAAAAGCACAGUCUAUCUAGGCUAUGAGGACGAAGAGAUUACGGAUAAGCAUGCUUCGUUAUUGAAUAGUACCAUAAAUAAAAUUGGUGGUAGUGCGGAUUGGCCAAAUGGUGAAAUAAAAAUUCCAGCCUGUCCUUUAUGCGGCACAGCACGUCCAUUGAUAGUACAACUGUAUGCACCUCUAGAAAUGUCUCAAUUUCAUCGUACCCUUUAUAUAUUUGCAUGCUUGAAUCCUGUUUGCUCGCAAAAUUCCAAGAGUUGGCUAUGCGUCAGGACCCAACAUUUGGAUACACCUGAUCAUAGUGAUAUUAUAAAGGCUGUAGCUUCACCCAAAAAUAAUAAGCAGAAAAAGAAAAAGGAGGCGAGCAAGCAAGCAACCGGAAAGCUGUCUUGGUGUAGUGGAGCAGAUGAUUGGGGUGCCGUCGACGAUCAGGCAAUUGUUGGCGAAACCAUAGAAAAAAUGGAUACAGAGGCGGACGAAUGCAAUGAAUCGAAUGAGGAAAAUGGCAAUGUGAUCAGUGGAAAAAAUGUCAAUUUACCAUUGUCCAGUGAUGGCGAUGAACGUCCCUCAUCGUCGAAUGAGGACGAUGACGAAGAUGAAAGCAAUUCCAUGGACAAUGAACUGAUAAUGAAUUUCAAUCAAAUGGAUGUUCGGGCUGCACAAAACGUUGCCGAAGAUCCCAAUGCCAAUUGUGCUGAUGCCGCUGCUGGCGGUGGUGGUGGUAAUGGCAUUGCUGCUGCAGCUUCAGCAGCAAUAUGUGCAGAAAUUGAAGGACCUGAGACGGAUGUGGUUCUAGUCGAAACACCUCAAAAGCCUGAACGUGAUUUAAUAGCCUUACUUAAGCAUACACCUACACCGGCCGCCUUAGGACCAUUAGCUAAAUUAUCCGAUCUCACAAUUAAACCAUAUUUUAUUGCGGUAGAUUUAGAAAUGAAUGCAUCGAGUCAGGAUUAUGAAUCAUAUGGUGGUUCAUUGUCGGCCGAACAUAUUCGUGAACUUUAUUUGGAAUAUAAGAAGCAGGAUGAAUCGGCAAUGUCACCUGGUAGUGCUGGCGGUAGUGCAGGAGGUGGUGGUAGUGGUGUGGCCGCAGCAACUCCCGAAGAUCAGGAAGCCUAUGAGAAAGCUUUACCGGCACAUGGUGAUUUAAUGUUCCAUCAUUUCUUAAGUACUAUUCAACAGAAUCCUGGUCAAAUUUUAAGAUAUUCUCGUGACACCUUGCCUUUACUAAUCGCACCACUGCAAGAAGCUAUACCGAAAUGUCCCAACUGUAAUGGUGAUACAAUUUGUGAAGUUCAAAUUUUGUCCACAUUAAUACCAAAAUUAAAAAUGCAACAAAGCAAUGAGAAUGCGCCACUGGAAUAUGGCAAUGUAUUGGUGUUUACAUGUUUGAAAAGUUGUUGGGAUACACCUGAUAAAAUGCGAUAUGAAAAAGUUAUAGUGCAGGCAGAAAAAUAAAUCGAAAU